UUGAAGGGAAUUGUGAGAGCGUGUGCCUUUUGCAUUCUCUCUCUAAAUCCAACGUUUGGAGUGUUUCUCUCUCACUCCUCUCUGCAAGAUCCGCACCCCAAACCCUAGCAAACCCCUACCGCAGAGGGAGCCGAGAAGAACAACAACAACACGCACCUUCACAACCACCACCCUCGCUUCUUCCGAUCCAGUUCGACUAGCUUUUGGAAACAAUUAUAAUGGCAACUUCAGAGCAGCAAGUCCCUCCCAAAACUCCUGCAGCUGAUAUUGUUGGCAAUGCUUUUGUUGAUCAAUACUACCAUAUGUUGCAUGAAAGCCCUGAGCUGGUGCAUAGGUUUUACCAAGAUGUCAGUAAACUUGGCCGUCCUGAGCAGAAUGGCAUAAUGGGUAUUACAACCACAAUGCUUGAUAUUAACAAGAAAAUACUAUCAUUGGGUUAUGGGGAACUCAGUGCAGAGAUCGUAUCAGUGGAUGCACAAGAAUCUUAUGACGGGGGAGUCAUUGUCUUGGUCACUGGGUUUAUGAUAGGAAAGGAUGACAUUAAGCAGAAAUUUACUCAAUGUUUUUUCCUUGCUCCUCAAGAGAAAGGCUACUUUGUUUUGAAUGAUGUUUUUAGAUAUGUUGAUGAAAAUGGAAUCCAAGGGUCUGCUCAUGAUAUUGGAUCUCCUGCCCCUCCGGACACUGGUAUUUCCAAUCCUUCUGUGCUGGAGACACAAGUUUCCGAGCAAAUAUCUGUGACAGCUGAGGAUGGUGAUGAAGAGGUAGUCUACAAUCCAGAAAAUGGUCAAGCUGCAAUUGAAGAAGAGGAAGCACCUGUACCUGAGGUUCUUGAUGAAAUUCCUGAUGAUUCUCAGAUGGUAGCUGGAUUGGCAUCUCAAAUUGAAGAAGUUCCAAAGAAGUCUUAUGCUUAUAUUGUGAAGGUCAUGAAAGAGGGUGCCAUGCCGUCUUCCACUGUGACACCUGUUCCAGUGAAAUCUGCCCACAAGAGUCAAGAACAGCAGGGUAUUGCUGCACCUCCACCAUCUAGCAUAUCAGAGACAAAUGGUUCUGUUAUAAAUACUAAUGAAGUUGGAAACAUUCAAGAAGCUGAAGCCGAGGGCUAUUCUAUUUAUGUGAAAGGUCUGCCACCAACUGCUACGCCUGCAGUCUUGGAGAAUGAGUUUAAGAAGUUUGGACCUAUUAAGAGUGGUGGCAUCCAAGUUAGGAGCCAAAAGGGAUUUUCCUAUGGCUUUGUGGAGUUUGAAGUGGCAAGUGCUGCGCAAAGUGCACUUGAGGCUUCUCCAAUUUCGAUUAAUGGCCGUCUCGUCGUUGUAGAAGAGAAGAGAUCAACUAAUCGAGGUAGAGGACGUUUCUCAUCUGGCAGGGCUCCUAGCUUCAGGGGUGAAGGUGCAAGAGGGCGUGGAAAUUACGGAAAUGGCCGAAGCUAUGGCCGUGGUGGUGACUUUAAUGGCAGGGGAGAAUAUGGUUAUAGGAAUGGCAAUCGGGGAGGGUUUUCAAGCCGUGGAGGUGAUGGGUAUCAGAGAAAUGAUCAUAUGGGUACCGGCGGUGGCCGCAUGAAUCGAGCAGGUGGGUCGGCUGUUAAUCCAGCAGUCAAGACUGCCGGUGUUUGAGUUCCUGCCUCUGCUUGAGGAACUAGCUUAAGGAGUCUGGCUGAACUCUGAUUGAAAGUGUAUUUCAAUUUGCUGUGAAUCAAGCAGUUGGAGAAUUAAGGGGCGAGCCUUUUUUUGGAAGAGCUACUCUCAAGUUUCAUAAGGUCUUUUUUUAAAAAUCAUUUUUUGAUAUUGGUGGUCUUGUUUAAGGUAGUUUUACAAUUUCUGUUCAUUAUAAUGUCUUAGUGGUAGUUUUUGUGUUUCCCCAUUUUUUUAUGAAUAUAAAUAUAUAUAUUUGGGGAUACCUCAUUUAUUUUUUGGGUACUUUGACUAGUUAAUAGUUGCGACAUGAGAGGUUGUUAUCAGCAUGAAUUUGCGGAAAUGAUUUUGUAAAAUCUAGAGUUAGUGUUAAAUCUGGUUUUUAUUA